AUUUUGAAACCGGAAGUAGUGAGCGUCGUCGCCAUGGUAACGCGUAACGCCUGAGCUAAGAUUAGCCACCGUUAGCCUUUUUCACGUCUGUUGGAGUUUAAGAGAUAUCACCGACUUCACAUGGAGGGACAGGACUCAUACCGGAUCAGACCGAACCACCAGCACAGGUUCAAGCCGGCCAUCGUGAAGGACUGUAUCCGUGAGGUGGUCCGGGAGAGGAUGUCCGGGGUCAGGUACGACCCAGAAGAAGUCCCAGAGCUGUCCCGGUCCCUGGCGGACUGCAUCAAGGAACGAGUGAAGAACUCGGGGUUGGACAGGUAUAAGCUUGUCGUGCAGGUGGUCAUCGGAGAACAACGAGGCCAAGGAGUCAAGAUGUCCUCCAGGUGUUUGUGGGACGCCGACACAGACAACUACGCUGAAGACGUCUUCAUAAACGACAGCCUGUUCUGUGCCGUGGCAGUUUUUGGAAGCUAUUACUACUGAGGAGAGGAAGAAGACCAGGCGUGAGGUGAUCCUCCAAUGAGACUGCUCCCUGUCAGCAUGUCAGAUCCACGGUCAGGUGAUCCGUGUUACAACUCUCCAUCAACACAGAGGACAUGGAGAGUGAGGGGACGACCUGAGCGCUGCUGUUAAAGGUUUAACAUGAAGGACUUCAUCAGGACCUCUUGACCUGGUUUUAAAAGACUGAAGCUUCUCUGGGCUGAUGAAACGAGGACACUUUACAAAGAGGAGUUACAUUUAAUCAUCCAGAGUCUGAGUGCUCAGUUUGUUCAUGAGAUACUUCAGAUAAAGACAGUGGAUGUGAUGCAG